AUGGCUGAACAAGAGCAAGAGAGCGCCCGAGUUAGAGCUGAACUAGACGAAAUCAAGGGAGGCAUGUCCCAGAUGCGAGAAAUGCUGCAAGCUUUAACCUUCAGGUUUGAGGUUCCGCAAGCGACCGUGAUAUCAGAGACCACGGGCCCAGCAGUGGAAGUCCAACCUCAGAGGACGUUACCCUUAACCCUUCCUCCGUAUGGGCCACCUUACGACUUCGUCCGCCGAGCAGAAGUAAUGCACGACAUGGGGCAAUUUGUCCAACAAGUCGUGCCAUUACCGGCUUACACUAACGCACGUCCAGUCAUCCAUACCGUGGUUCCACCAGCUGUCUAUGCUAGGCAUAUUCCUCACUAUGAAGAUCAACAUCACAUGUAUCAUACUGUCGACUCAACAGUUACUGGUGACAAAGUAAGGUUUGAGGAUUUCAGAGAAGUAAAGGAGAACAUGAAGCUCCUUGAGAAGAAGUUCCGAGAUUUAGAAGGAGACCACGUCUUUGGAUCUGCUGCCAAAGAAAUGUGCCUUGUAUCCGGGUUGGUGAUUCCGUCCAAAUUCAAAACUCCAGACUUUGACAAAUACAAGGGGCAUACUUGUCCAAAGAGCCAUCUCAUCAUGUAUUACCAAAAAAUGGCUGCACACAUGGAGGACGACAAGAUGAUGAUCCAUUGUUUUCAAGAUAGCUUGAGCGGGGCUCCUUCCAAAUGGUAUCUAAGUCUGGAUCAGAAUAGGAUCAGGUGUUUCCAAGACCUGUUAGACGCGUUCAUAAAACACUACAAAUACAACAUGGACAUGGCGCCUGACAGAAGACAGUUGCAAAGCAUGUUCCAGCAUGACAAGGAGUCCUUCAAGGAAUAUGCUCAGAGAUGGAGAGAACUGGCUUCUCAGGUUGAACCACCUCUUGCUGAAAAGGAAUUGGCCGAACUAUUUAUCGACACUGUCCAACCCCAAUUCUAUGAGAAGAUGGUUGGAAGUGCUUCCUUGGGAUUCUCCGAGCUUGUGGCUAUAGGAGCUCGCGUUGAAUAUGGUGUAAGAAAUGGAAAACUGGCGGUUGUAGCUGGAACUUCAAAUGCUAAUCAAAAGAAGUUCUCUGGAGGCUUUCCCAGAAAGAAGGAAGGGGAAACAAAUGUUGUGAUUGUUGGUCAAGGAAGAGCUCCUCCAAGAAGGAGACCACAACAAUAUUCACCUCAACAGUAUGGUCAACAACCCUUUCCAUAUAAGCAGCCCAUGUAA